AUGUGGCUCAUCAACGUCGACAAUCUUCAGCUGGAAGAGCGCCUGAAUCCCACCGUUCCGUACGCCAUUCUCUCGCACACUUGGGGCACGGAGGAAGUUUCCUUCCAGGACUUCAGGAACCUCACCGACGCUGUUAGAAGCAAAAAAGGGUUUCCAAAGAUUGCCGCAACAUGCCGCCUCGCCAAGUCGCGGGGCCUUCCUUAUGCCUGGGUUGAUACUUGCUGCAUCGACAAGUCGUCGAGUGCUGAACUCUCCGAGGCUAUCAACUCCAUGUUCCGGUGGUAUCAGUCGUCAAAAGUAUGCUUUGCAUAUCUGGCUGAUGUCCACGACGAUGCAAACUCGAGUGCGUUUCCCGAGAGCUUAGCAACUUCCCGAUGGUUCACGCGAGGAUGGACUUUACAGGAGCUAGUAGCGCCAAAGAACAUCAUUUUCUACAAUGAUGUCUGGGAGCAACUUGGGUAUAAAGAAACACUGGCUAUAAUACUCACCUCCAUCACGGGCAUUGACAGCAUUAUCCUUUUCAAUAAGGUGUCGCCGAAGAAAAUACCAGUCGCCACUCGCAUGUCGUGGGCUUCUAGACGGCAAACUACUCGAAUUGAGGAUGCAGCAUACUGCCUGCUCGGGCUGUUCGAUAUCAACAUGCCCCUGCUCUACGGGGAAGGACAAAAGGCUUUCGCACGCCUACAGUCGGAAAUUCUGCAAGAGACGAACGACCUGUCUCUACUGGCCUGGACGUCAGAGACAACGGAUCCUGGACGGCAGCGGUCAUACGAUGGCGUAUUCGCCGAAUCACCAGCCCAAUUCGCUGCCUGCUUGUAUCGGACGAUAGUAAACACGCCGCCGCUCAUCGACGAUGUCGAUGUUGUUGUGACGAGGGCCAACUUGAUGGUCUCCACUACUCUGCACAUGCAAGAGUUGGUUGAGGAUGGGGCUGAAGCCUCAAAAGGGAGAGAGUAUGUGUUGUUACUGCAGUGCAGCGAUGUACAAGGAAUACCGGCAGUUCGAAGACCGAUUGGCAUCUACGUAUCCAAGACCCCGUCAGGUUUUAUCCGCCACAAGCCCUGGAUGCUCGCCAUGCCUUUCUUCAACGAGGCCGUGCUGUUCGAUAGCAAGCCUCGACUGCUAAAACUGCUUAGACACAUCAGUUUUGAGGAUCACAUCGGGCAUCAAGACGAGAGAUUCCGCUCUGCUGUCUUCAUUCGGUUGAAUCAGGACCACGGCACACUCAAAUGGCUACAUCACACCGAGAUUUCCAAGGCUACUCCUGAUGCCCUUUGGGACGGCAUGGACAGCGUAUUCCUUCACCAUGAGAGGUUCGACCAAAUCUCCCUAACCCCCCAAUUGCUGCAAAUCUCAUUGCAGGGAGACAAUGAGCUACAGGUCGGGAAGCUGUUUCUCGUGUCUGUCAUGUCAAACCGUGUGCCCUCAGAACGAUGGGCAAUAUUGCUUAGCAACUAUGAGGAUCCCAUAGGUGUUCCACUGCUGAGGAAUCUCGGGAAUUGGGAUACCGCGUCUUUGUUGGGGGGUCGCAUCUACUUUCUCGUUCGGCCUGUGAUUGAACGGCGGGAAUAUUGGCCGGAUCAACGCUCGUCACACCCUGCCGUUCAAUUGGCCAUCCAGUGUGAACCCGGGGAGGGUGUCGCAUCACCAAACUGUCCAGCCUCUCGGAUACUUCAGCUGUCUGAACAUCGGCGGGUCCUCACAACCUUGAGCGUUAUCCCCAGUGACGCGGGAAGGUACGCCUGGACUAUCCAGAUUUCUAUAAACGAUGUCGACUCUUCAUUAGACGCUGGAUUUGAUGUCGGAUCUGCUGGUGAGCCGAAUGGUACGCCGGACGCCUCGAUGGUGUUGUAA